AUGUCCGUGGUCUUCACCCGCUCCUUCCACGCCUCUGCGGCCGUGUCUCGAGGCGCCAAGAUCUCGAUCAAGCCGCCGGUUCACCAUCUUUACAGAUACAAAAAGAACAUUCUCAAGCCGGCUUUCACCAAGACUCUUUUGACCCACCCUGGAUCGAUUGAGUCCAACAAGUAUGUGCCCAAGAACACCCGUGUUGACCGGGUUGUCGACCACUACAACAACACGGUCGCGUCAGACAUGCUGCUGAUGGGCUAUGUCCACGAACAGUCCGUGCGAAAGGGAAAUAAGCACCGACCAUGGGACUUCACUUCGCCCUACCAUCUUGGACGACCUGCUCAGCCCCCUCGAGGUCCCAACAAGACCCCCACCAAGGACGUGCACCCUCGAACCUGGAAGAACAUCCCUGCCAUCACCAAGAUCACCAUCAACUGCACAGACCCCGGCACUGUUCUUGACCACGAGAAGGUGAUCAACCAGAAACUCCUGCUGCAGCAGAUCACCGGCUGUGCUGCUAAGGAAGUCCGGUCCCGGUCUAAUAUCAUGACCUGGAAGCUCCGAAAGGGCUACCCCAUGGGCGCCAAAGUGGAGAUUACCGGCGAGAAGAUUUCCGACUUUAUGACCUCGUUGACAGAGCUGGUUCUGCCUCGAGCCAUUGGAUUCAACGGAAUUCGAAAUUCGUCUGGAGAUAGAAACGGAAACAUCGCCUUUGGUCUGAUCCCUGAGGACGUCAAGAACUUCCCCGAGGUCGAGGCCAACCAGGACGCCUACCUGCAGAUGUACGGAAUGCACAUCACCAUCCACACCACCGCCCAGGCUGAUUCCGAGGCCCGAGCGUUGCUGUCGGCUUUCAACUUUCCUUUCAUUGGAAAGGAGAAGCAUCAGGGACGAUCUUAA